AUGGUCACUGUACGAACCGCGCGUGAUCUGUUUUGUGAACAAAUUGCAGAACUCGUGAUUGCCUUAUUUUUAUUAAAUGAUAUCAAACUUUGGAAAGAUGCUCGAGAUCAAUUAAAAAGUCUUUAUAUCUUACUCUUGGCUUUGGGACAACCUACCAAAUUACAACUCGGCAUUUUGUUCACUUCAGUCUUUCCUCAAUUGAUUGAGUACAACUUGUUGGUCAAUCGUGAACCUGAGCACAAUAUCUUACUCUUCAGUCUACAAAUCGUUACGGUUCCAAGUGUAGUGGUUGUCUUGGACACCGAUCAUGGAUUCUUGAAGAUGAUCCUCGAUUUAUCUAUUCUUUCUUUACUCAUCAAUUUGCACCUUCAAAUUUGGUACAUGGUGAUUUCAGAGAUGCGUUUUCGACACAAACAAUAUCAUCAUUCAUUUCAUGAACUGAAUUUAAUUUUGAGCUCACCAGAUUUAUUUACAAAUAUGAACCCUAACAAACGAGCAGCAAACGUUCAUGUGGAAUUUGGAUCUGAUGCUUGA